AUGACUGCGGCCUCGAGACUCACAAAAAUCAAAAUCAGCGACUGCUGGUACUCACCGUCUAGUGUAUGGUACGGGGAUGCCUUGACGGUGACAACUCUCCACCUUGCAGCCACGGCUGGCGUCGCCGAGACCGUUCGCUUGAUGCUUCAGAGGAACGUCGACGUGGAUGCAAGCACGGCCGCCCCGAUCCAGAACGCGACCCAAGAUGGAUUCUAUCGUGUACCAACGCCGGGAGGUGGUUUCACGGCAUUGCACCUUGCUCUCGGCACGUGGAAAAACUCAACUCGGGGACGAUUCAUCCCGAGUAAAGAAGAACUGGAGAUCGUUUCGAUGCUGGUCAAUCGUGGCGCGAGUGUCGAAGGUGCGGCGAACCAUUUGCGAGUCGAAGACAUCGCAAAAUUUGAGGAGUUUCCUGAGUUGUGGGACAAGUUGAGGGCAGGAAUCACAGUUGAAAAAGAGGAGUAG